AUGUUUGCUUUUGCCGACAUUUCGACGGAGAUCGUCGUGUUUUGUUUCAAUGAGUCGCAUACAAACGCAAAUAUCAUUGCCUUUUUGUCUUCUUUAAAUCGUCGAAUUACCGGCAUGUAUAUGAGCAUGGGCACUAGUACCACCGGGUUUGCUAUCUCGUUUGGUCUGCCCGUCAACGGCGCCCAGGUCGACAAAUACCGAGGUUUUGAACAAGUCUUGAUUUCCAGUGGCACUAUCAGCCUAAGUGAUGGUAUCCUGACGUUGAGUAGUAGGCUCGUCACUAGGAGAGGAAUUCUGGACGAAGUCUGA